AUGUCCGAUGCAGAACACAAUAAUUCACCCAACCAUGUUUCUUCCCAAAAUGAUACAGCAAACAAUCAACUUACUGUAUAUCUUCAGAUGGUCAUUUUGACGAGUUCCUCGAAGACUUUAACACUGCUUGACGAUAGACAACUACUGUUUCAGAUGUAUCCCUGGAAUAAGCUCAUCAAGUUUGAUCCAUUAUAUAUGGACAAGAAGUUUAAACAAUCUUACUAUUUUCAACCGUG